AUGAACUCUUUAAUAUUAAUUAUUUUAUUGAUCUUGUUGUUUAAUUUGAACGAAAUAACCUUUUCAACUACUACAGAAGAAUCAAUAGAUCAACCAACGAGAAUACUCAGAGCACCUAGACCAAUCGAUAGACCUCGUGAAUAUGCUUACUUUGACGAUACUAUUAGACGAUACAGGAUAGAGUCAAGAGUAGAUGGUUUCUUUUUGGAAUCAAACAUGUUACCGAGUCCUAAUCGUGUCUCUAUGUUUACCAUUGACAAUCCAACACAUUCAUGUAGAAGAGUUGGAAUAAAUCUAGAAUUUCAAUUGGAGGAUGACAAUAAUAAUAAUGAUGGUGAUAUUUUCAGGGAUAUCACUGAAAAUAUCAAAUCAAUCUAUCUUGGUAAAUCGCAGAACGUUACAUCGGAUAUCUAUGUUGUAGAGUUGGCUAUUCUCAAUGAUAUGUUUGAUGAUAUCUUUCAUAAUGACUCGGGAAUUAUUGAAGAUGCAUACUCAAUUACUAUCGAUCAUCAUGUUGUAAAGAUUACCUCUCACUCGGCCAAUGGUAUUAUCUAUGGAUUACAUACAUUUGGUCAGCUUCUCCAAUUUGAAGAAGAUACAAGUUUGUAUAAACUCUGCAGACUUCCCAUUCACAUACAUGAUAAACCGUUUAAAAAUCACAGAGCAAUUCACCUCGAUACAUCAACCAAAUUCAUCCCAACCUCGAAAUUCAUAAAUUUUAUCAAUCAAAUGGGAACACUAAAACUUAAUUAUCUACAUUGGAAACCAUUUGAUUUCAGAAAUGCUCAACAAUUAGAUUUAUUUAAUAAUAAUAAUAAUAAUAAUGUUAAAAAUAUUAAUAAUAUUGAUGAUAAAUAUAAAAAGAACGACAUACAAUUAAUAAUUAAUCAAUUGAAAAUAAAUGGUAUCAAAUUAAUUUUGGAAAUACCAUUAUUUGAAACAAUAGACAUACCAAACAAUAGUGAUAAAGUUAUUUUUAAUUCAGCUUACAAUCUAAACAAUAGUAAAAUCAAUCAAACAUGUUUAUAUAUUCUAAAUCCAAUUGAUAUAGAAUUCAAUCAAACAAAGGAAAUACUAAAUUUAUUUCUAAGUCAUUUCCAAAAUCAUGAUUUAAAUAAUUUGGUUUAUAUAAAUAUUGGAGAGGAUAAAAUUAACUAUUUAGAUCGUUUAAUUGCAUGCCUAUCUAGUAUGAAUGAAAGUUCUCUUGGAAACAAAAACCCAAUUCAAUAUAUUGAAUAUUUAAGAGAAAAUAUUGUAAAGUACCUUCGGGAAAAGGGUAUUGAAUUGAUCAUAUACCCAGAAGAACGACAAAAUCUCUAUGAUUUGUCAUUUUUCGAUGAAAAGAUAUUGAUCCAACACAAUCACAAAUCAAAAUCAUACAAGAACAUUCAUAAGCAUCCAGAUCAAUCUAUAUUUACAUUAGAAAUCAAUGAAAUCAUCAAAGAAAGAGAUAAAGAUGUUACUAGAGAGAUAUGGGAAUAUGUUUAUAAUGACCUCAAGUUUAUAUAUGAAAUGCCGAUGUGGAUUGGAGGCGAGAUAUUGAUGACAAGUGAAUGGCUUGAUAGGCAAGACUAUGCAAUUGGUCCACCAGCAGCUGCACUAUCCGAAAGACUUUGGACAAACCCCAAUACUCUACAAUCGAAUGCAUAUCUACUGGAAGAGAGAAUAAUAAAAUUUAAUGAAAGAAAUAAACUUCAUGCACAACAAAAAUAA